UGGACAUUCUCCCAGGCGGACGGGUGAUUUUCCAGAUGUCGGCGAUUUACUCCAAGGAAAUCGUGCUUCCCUCUAACCGCUGCAGAAGGCAAAGGGAUGGCCUAUGAACAUCUUUCCUGGUGUUCCUUGUCAACAUAUUCGCUCGCAGUUCAUCGACGCAGGGUAGCAUGCAGGGUUUCACGCAAUGACUGUGGGACUUCUGCUUCUUCUAGGAUACACAGUGCCCAGUUUGUAUCCCCCCGCGCCAACGCGCCGCACGGUGUAUAGACUCCCCGUUUAUUGGAGGUUGACGUUGACAACAACAGGAGAUCAUAGUAUCCUGCCUCUACUGAGUCAUCUGUUGAGGUUUACUUGUGCCUGGCACCAAAACACAUCAUUAUUUGGUGGAUUCCAUCGCCCCAUUAGGAUGCUUAGUUGCGCUGACAACCAUCUUGCCAAAAUUUCGCAGCGGUACCUAUUCGCAUAAUGGGCCUGUAGAUCCCGUUGCCCAAUUUCAUAAACCCCCAGCGAUACCAUCAUCAGACGCUCUAAAUUGCGUAAUGUACUCGCUGUCGCAAAUAU